AGUCCCACCCCAGGCCAACAGACUCUUCCCUUCGUUGGGCUGUGGACCACAUCCUCCCCCACCGCCCAGUAAGCUGCCCGCUGCGCCCGUCCCCGGCUCAUCCAGAGCCUCCCACCCCCUGCCGCCUUCCUUCCCCAAGCCACCCGCAACCUCUCCUAAGAGGCGCCGCCCCAGUCCCGGCCGCCGCUCACUCCCUCGCCCAGCAUUCCCCUCCCCCGCCGCCCCCCAUCCCCCGCUGACGCCACAAAGCCCCUCGGCCGCCCGACCCCACGCCCCCACGCCCCGGGCCGGGCCGCGGCCUCCUGGGCUUCGUGGGGGCAGACCCAGCCUUUCCCGGCAGCGAGCGCUCGGCCAGGUGCGCUAGGCGCUGUGCGGGGCACCCCCCGCGGAGCCAUGGAGGCUGUGGAACUGGCCAGAAAGCUGCAGGAGGAAGCUACGUGCUCCAUCUGUCUGGAUUACUUCACAGACCCUGUGAUGACCGCCUGUGGCCACAACUUCUGCCGAGCGUGCAUCCAGCUGAGCUGGGAGAAGGCGCGGGGCAAGAAGGGGAGGCGGAAGCAGAAGGGCUCCUUCCCCUGCCCCGAGUGCAGACAGAUGUCCCCGCAGAGGAACCUGCUGCCCAACCGGCUGCUGACCAAGGUGGCCGAGAUGGUGCGGCAGCAUCCUGGCCUGCAGAAGCAAGACCUGUGCCACGAGCACCACGAGCCCCUCAAGCUUUUCUGCCAGGAGGACCAGAGCCCCAUCUGUGUGGUGUGCAGGGAGUCCCGGGAGCACCGGCUGCACAGGGUGCUGCCUGCGGAGGAGGCAGUGCAGGGGUACAAGUUGAAGCUGGAGGAGGACAUGGAGAACCUUCGGGAGCAGAUCACCAGGGCAGGGAAUCUGCAGGCCAGGGAGGAGCAGAGCUUAGCCGAGUGGCAGAACAAGGUGAAGGAGCGGAGAGAACGCAUUGUGCUGGAGUUUGAGAAGAAUCACCUCUACCUGGUGGAAGAAAAGCAGAGGCUCCUCCAGGCUCUGGAGAGGGAAGAAGAGGAGACCUCCAGUAGGCUCCGGGAGAACGUGGCCUGCCUGGACCGGCAGAGCCACUCCCUGGAGCUGCUGCUGCUGCAGCUGGAGGAGCGGAGCACACAGGGGCCCCUCCAGAUGCUGCAGGACAUGAAGGAACCCCUGAGCAGGAAGAACAACGUGAGUGUGCAGUGCCCAGAGGUUGCCCCCCCAACCAGACCCAGGACUGUGUGCAGAGUUCCCGGACAGAUUGAAAUGCUAAGAAGCUUUCUAGAGGAUGUGGUGCCUGAUGCCACCUCCGCAUACCCCUACCUCCUCCUGUAUGACAGCCGCCAGAGGCGCUACCUCAGCUCUUCGCCAGAGGGCAGCGGAUUCUGCAGCAAGGACCGAUUUGUGGCUUACCCCUGUGCUGUGGGCCAGACGACCUUCUCCUCUGGGAGGCACUACUGGGAGGUGGGCAUGAACAUCACCGGGGAUGCGCUGUGGGCCCUGGGUGUGUGCAGAGACAACGUGAGCCGGAAAGACAGGGUCCCCAAGUGCCCAGAAAACGGCUUCUGGGUGGUGCAGCUGUCCAAGGGGACCAAGUACUUAUCCACCUUGUCUGCCCUGACCCCGGUCAUGCUGAUGGAGCCUCCCAGCCACGUGGGCAUCUUCCUGGACUUCGAGGCCGGGGAGGUGUCCUUCUACAGUGUAAGCGAUGGGUCCCACCUGCACACCUACUCCCAGGCUGCCUUCCCGGGCCCCCUGCAGCCUUUCUUCUGCCUGGGGGCUCCGAAAUCUGGUCAGAUGGUCAUCUCCACCGUGAGCAUGUGGGUGAAAGGGUAGACACAGGCCAGGGGACUCUGGCACUGCCCCUGGCUCUGCAGAAGGUGCAGGCCUUCUGCUUACUGCAGGCCACCUGCCAGGGUUCUCUGGCAUCACGCUGGCAGCCAUUAGACACACAGGGGGGUUUCUCAAAGUCUAAAUAUAAUUGUGAUUAGAACUGUCAAA